ACCCGGGCCUGUGAGUCUGGAGACCGUGCCCCACAGUCUGAGUCAGCGGCAGCAGCGCCUGAGGUUCUACACUUUCGCUGCGGCCUGUCACCCUCGCCCAGGAGCGGCUGCACGGAGGCAGAAAUGCCGCUGCUGGACCGGGGCCUACUCUGGCUAAGCCUGGUCCUGGGCUCCUGCGCUUCUCUUGAGUCAGCGGUGUGGGGCAACAAUACCAAAGAUGCUUUGAAUGUCCUUCUAAUCAUUGUGGAUGACCUGCGCCUCUCCCUGGGCUGUUACGGGGACAAGCUCAUAAAGUCCCCAAACAUCGACCAACUGGCAUCCCACAGUCUCCUCUUCCAGAAUGCCUUUGCCCAGCAAGCAGUGUGUGCCCCAAGCCGAGUGUCGUUCCUUACUGGGAGGAGACCUGACACCACGCGCCUAUAUGACUUCAACUCCUACUGGAGAGUACAGGCUGGAAACUUCUCCACCAUCCCCCAGUACUUCAAGGAGAAUGGCUACGUGACUAUGUCGGUUGGAAAAGUCUUUCACCCUGGAAUAUCUUCUAACCAUAGUGAUGAUUCUCCAUAUAGCUGGUCUGUUCCACCUUAUCAUCCCUCCUCUGAAAAGUAUGAAAAUACUAAGACAUGUAGGGGGCCAGAUGGAGAACUCCAUGCCAACCUGAUUUGCCCUGUGGAUAUGGCAGAUAUACCCGAGGGUACCUUGCCUGACAAACAGAGCACCAAGCAAGCCAUACAAUUGUUGGAAAAAAUGAAAACAUCUGCCAGUCCUUUCUUCCUGGCUGUUGGGUAUCACAAGCCACACAUACCCUUCAGAUACCCCAAGGAAUUUCAGAAGUUGUACCCCUUGGAGAACAUCACCCUGGCUCCUGAUCCCCAGGUCCCUGCUGGCCUCCCUCCUGUGGCCUAUAACCCUUGGAUGGACAUCAGGCUGCGGGAAGACAUCCAAGCUUUAAACCUCAGUGUUCCCUAUGGCCCAAUUCCUGUGGACUUUCAGAGGAAAAUACGCCAGAGCUACUUUGCCUCUGUUUCCUACUUGGAUACACAGGUUGGCCACCUUUUGAGUGCUUUGGAUGAUUUUCAUCUGGCCAACACCACUAUUGUUGCAUUUACCUCUGAUCAUGGGUGGUCUCUAGGUGAACAUGGAGAAUGGGCCAAAUACAGCAAUUUUGAUGUCGCUACUCAUGUGCCCCUGAUGUUCUAUGUUCCUGGAAGGACAGCUCUGCUUCCAGAGGCAGGCCAGCAAGUUGUGGACCUCGUGGAACUUGUCUCUCUGUUUCCCACACUCACGGGACUCGCAGGAUUGCACGUUCCACCUCGUUGCCCCAUUCCCUCAUUUCAUGUGGAGCUGUGCCGAGAAGGCCAGAGCCUUCUGAAGCAUUUUCGAUUUCAGGACUUGGAAGAGGAUCUGACACUCCAUGAUAAUCCCCAUGAGUCCAUUGCCUAUAGCCAGUACCCCCGACCUACAGACUAUCCUCAGUGGAAUUCUGACAAGCCAAGUUUAAAAGAUAUAAAAGUCAUGGGCUAUUCCAUACGCACAAUAGACUAUAGAUAUACUGUGUGGGUUGGCUUUAAUCCCCAUGAAUUUCUGGCUAACUUUUCUGAUGUCCAUGCAGGGGAACUGUAUUUUGUAGAUUCUGACCCUUUGCAGGAUCAUAAUAUGUAUAAUGACUCCCAAGGUGGAGACCUUCUUCAAUCAUUAAUACCUUGGGUUGUGCCAACCACAAAGGGGGUAUAAUAUAUACAUAGUGUGUGUUCCCUUGUGACAGGUAACAAAAGGAGUUAAAGUGGGUUAUUUUGUGAUCACUCUUAAUAUCGGAAGAAAUGCAAGGGGUAUGCAAUCAAAAUGUACAUCAACAAUUUGGCAAAAGAAUAUACUACAGCCAAAUAUUUUGAUUUGGUCUUUAUUAGUUUCUAAUUGGUAAUUGAACUGGGUCUGGGCUGAACCUUUUCUUUCCUUUUUUUUUAAGAGUCAUAGCUUAUUUAUUGAAUGAAUAAGUACAGAUUGGUAAACUAUAAUUGUCAUACCUUCAGAUAUCAAGACCAUAACAGCCAAACAUAAUACUAUAUUUAAGAAAUACUUUAAUUAUUUGUGGAAUUUAGUGCAUUUCAAAAAGUAAGUAUAUAUCAAAAUAAAUUUGACACUGAG